AUGUGCCCCAAGCAGGGGCUCGCAGUCAAGAACUAUGCCACUCACCAGUUCUCCAAAGCAGUGGUCAUCGCCAGCAACGGCCAAGUUCAAGAUCAUCAAUUUCUGGUCCUUGUACGCCCAGGCUCCAACAUCAUAGUCAUCAGUUCUCCCGCUACCGCUCUGCCUCCCACUCACACGCCGGACGACAACUACCGCCACCUUCACCACCAGCACCACCUCAACCACGCGGUGAGCUACCUCCAGAUGCACGUAAUUAUCGCUUAUUCCAGGUUAGAGCAGGAGACACAAGAACGUACCCCAUCCUCGGCGAGUUGCUUGGGCGAGCCUGCAAGAUCUUUGGGCUGCCGUGCGCACGACGCUCCCAAGUCGAGCGACGUACGGAUCGGAAAGAAGGCCGAGGCGGCGGGCAUCGACAAAUGCUGGUGGGUGGCGGUGCUGGCCUUCGUUAUGGCAACCAUGGAAUCCUCCUCUAGCCGCUGCUCCGGCUUCCUUAUGGUUGGAAUCAUGGAGGAGAUGAACGUCGAACGUGGCCUCGCUUCCUGGCCUGUCAGCCUCAUCGGUUCUCUCAUUGGUUGUGGAGGCCUCCUGUCUGGUCCUCUCAGCGAACUCUUCACCACAGUUCCCGUACUGGUAGGGGGAUCUGUGCUAGCGGCGGCCGGAAUCAUAUCAUCUUCAUUCGCCCCGGAUAUUACAUGGCUCACCCUCACCUUGGGAGUUAUGCACGGUGUGGGCCUUGGCAUCGUGAUAUGCAUGCUGCAAGUCCUAAUCAGCAUGUACUUUGAGCGGCACCGGGGUGCUGCCAACGGCAUCAUGUACACCGGCUCCACCGCCUCUGCUCUGAUCUUCCCCCGUCUGCUGCUUUAUUUUAGCGACACCUACGGCUUCCGAGGAAGCCUGCUGCUUUUUGGUGCUGUCCUGAUGAACAUGAUAGCCGUGAGUCUCGCCUUUAGAGAACCGCCGUGGAUCCGGAAUGACAGAAUCAAGAGGAGAAAGGGCGUGGAGGCCACACGGCGGCCAUCAACCAUCGCAGCGAACUCAAAGAACGGGUCAUCAAAGGCAUCCACCAUCAAGGCCGUGCUGCUAAACCUUCGCGGAGUACUCAAAUGCGCCAUAACGUACGUGCUUGUCGUCACGUGGCUAGUGUUCUGCUACAACUACGACAUCUUCUUCUCCACGAUCGUGGACUUCGCUAUGGACAAGGGGGUGUCCCUCAAGGACGCCGUGUCUUUCAUCACGUACACGUCUGUCACGGAUGUCGUGGGGAGGCUUUUCGUCCCUAUUUUGGCCGACCACGGGGUGCUGCAGCGAUCGACGUUAAUGACUGCAAAUUAUUUUCUCCUGGGCGCGUGCACUGUGUCACUGCCAUUCUGCGAGUCCUAUUGGGCUCUGCUCACGGGGUGCCUUGGCGUCGCCCUAUUCCUCGGCUGUGCCAUUACCAUGCAGAGCGUUCUGAUGGCGCAGUAUUUGGGGAUCGAAAAACUUGCCCUGGGCUUUAGCGUCGUCGGUGCUCUUUGCGGACCAGCACUCUUAGGAAAGGCCCCGUUCGUAGGGUUCUUCAGAGAUGACCUAGGCUCGUACAACGAGAUGUUCUGGGUCCUUGGCAGCUUCAGCUUCUUCGUCACCAUUCAAUGGGCGUUGGUGUCCUUGGUCGACCGGAAGAGAACACACAAGUGGCAGCUGGAUACUGCGUAAAUGCGCUAUGGUCCGAUGACGUAAUAAACAAAGUGAUGUAUGUUGAAACAAUUCAUAUAAAACCUAAAUUAUAUUUCAAUCUUCAUCCCUAUGAGUGGAAUAUACUUAUGUUC